GAUACGAAGACUGUAUCUCUUUAGAGAUACUCGUUUGUAGUGUAGUGUGAUACAAAUAUGGAAAUGUGCAACACACACACCGAUUCUCAAGGUCAGGAUCCUAACUCAAAACCUCCACCGCAACCACCGCCAGUAAAUGGUACUGCCAAAGUUUCUAAAUAUGUACUACACUCGGACAAAGAGCCGUAUGAUUAUGUUACCCAAAGAUGCACAGCAAAACCAACCAAUUUCCUGGAAUCAACGGGACAUUUAAUAAAAGGAUGUCUUGGAGGCGGUAUUCUGGGAAUACAUGAAGCGUUCAUGAAAGCCGGAUUAUGGACGUCGCUUUGUGUCACCAUCAUCUUCGGCUUCUACAUCACUUACUGUGUUCAUUUACUAGUUAAAUCGGCUCAAAUACUAUACAAAAGGCUUCAUAUACCGGAAAUGUCAUACCCAGAUGUUGCAGAAGCAUCUCUAGCUGUCGGACCCUUCCCUAAACUGAGGAAGUUCUCCAAGUGGUUCAGGUAUGCAGUAGACAUUACGAUCUGCAUAGAUCUGUUUGGCGCAUGCUGCGUCUACCAAAUCAUAAUUGCGAAGACCAUCAUGAAACUGGUGGAUGGCUCCAGUGAAUUCGAACCCACAGAUUUGAAUCAGUUAAGGCUCUACGUACUAGCUCUCCUGGUGCCAAUACUGCUACUGUGCAUGAUAACUACACUCAAGUAUUUAGCACCAUUCACUUUGGUUGCUGAUGGAUUUAUUGUGGCAUGCGUAGUAGCAACUAUAAUAUAUUCGCUGAGGGUAGCGCCCCCUAUCAGCCAAGUCCCGGGAUGGAAAGACACGGUGGGAUUCUUCGAGUUUUGCGGAAUAGCCGUCUUCAGCAUGGAAGGAAUAGGAGUAUCUUUGCCGAUAGAGAACAAUAUGAAGAACCCAAAACAGUUUCCUUUGGUACUCAGCUGUGCAAUGGUCGUUGUGGUAUCCUUCUUGAUAAUGGUGGGAUUCUUCGGCUAUUGGGGUUUCGGAGAAAACUCCAUAUCACCAGUGACACUCAAUUUUCCGUCAGAAACAUUUCCAACAGUCCUAAAAGUAUUGAUGGCUGCUAUGAUCUUCGUCACAUUUGCUCUAAAUUAUUGGGCGCCUUUCAAUCUAGUUUGGCACUACGUCUCAAAAAAACACGACCCUAAGAAGAACUGGCUAUGGGAAAGAGUGUACAGGGCUACGUUCAUCGUUAUAAUUACAGCUAUUGCAAUUGCCUUCCCAAAUAUAGGCAAUUUGAUGGGUUUGCUUGGUGCAUUCUGUCUGUCCAAUAUGGGUUUCAUAUUCCCGGCGAUAAUAGAACUUUUAGUGAUUUGGGAAUCACCUGGACUGGGACCCUUCAAGUGGCGACUCUGGAAAAAUAUACUUGUGCUCCUUGUAGGUGUUCUACUGUUUUGUGCUGGCACGUACUCGAAUAUUAAGGGGUUAAUAAGUAAUUUGUGAUCAAAUAUACAUAAAUGAAAUUAUUCUUAGUGUUUAAGUUAUUUUAAGAGUAUCGAUAAUAGAGCUGUGAUUAAAU